AUUUGUGUUGAUUUCUCCCCUGCUAUAAGUGGUAUACAUGGUUUGCACGUAUGUGCGGUUCCAGGCAAGUAUCAUUGAGCUUUUGGCCUUCAAUCUACCAACUAAUACCCAUUGAGAGCAAUAUUAUUUUUGCCUGUUGGUUCUUUCCAAACAUGAUUAAAAAGUGGAAGAUAAGCUUUGGUUUUAGCCGAAAUCUUGUCCUUAAAGCGAGAACUAUUUGAGGGACUGCGCUCUUUGAUUUUUUCCAAAGGACUCUAUCAGAUUCUACGUUUCUUUGUUAUAUUCAGGUUAUGAGAUCAGAACGUAGAAAUGGAUAAUUGAGGAAUUGAUGAUUCAAUCAACCAAGAGAGCUAUAGAAUUUAUGAGUCGAUGUAGGAGUACAGAUUCUUGAAUUAAAUAAUACUUUGGGUUAGGUUUGCUUCUUACUUCUCUAUGUGCUUGCUUUUUAUUGUUGGUGAUCUAUGCAUUAUCAUCUAAUAAAUAUAAGCCUAUUUGGCUUGUCCAUUCAAAAACUGGACCUUGUGGUACACAGAUUAUUAAGUUUUUCUCCAUUUUCUAAAGCUGAUUGAUUUGUGCAGUUUGAUGCUCUGGUCUGACCAAUUUAAUUUACUCUUCCAAAGUUUUUGAUUCUAUUAUACCAGAGCUGGGCAUUCACAUGUUAUCAGUUGUGUUCUUUUGUACAUGAUACUAGAGUUCGAUUUAAGUAAUAAGAAUCAGAAUGACUCCAAAAGAGUAGGCAUGACCAUUUUGAGAAGAAGAGAGACUUGUAAAGUUGGAGGUGUUUCUGAUUAUUAGCCUAUUGGAAGCAUUCCAAAUGCUAGAAAAGGGGAAUAGGUGGUUGCAGAUUGGCCUUCUUGGCUUGUUAAGUCAAGGGACGCGUACUGUAGAGAUCUGAUGGUAAGCAACCUGAGGGACUAUGUCCAUCGCGUUGGGCAUACUGUAAGAGAAGGAAGAGGAGGGCUGGCUAUAAGCUUUGUUACUGAGGUGCAUUCGAAACUAUUUGGUGCACAACCGGCAAACUAUUCAAAUUAUACAUGCUAUAGAGGACUAACAAACUUCAGGCCACCGUACAUUGAUACUAUUGGGUAUGUAUUUGGUGUCGUUUUGGGGCUUCAAAUUGAUGCGUUAUGCAACUAUUGUAGUUUACUCGUAGUACAUGUACAGGGAACAGGUAUUGAGAAUCAUGUAUUCUCAUCAUUUUUGUUUCAAAGGACAAUCACAAUUUUGAUUAAUUCUUUAUGUACAGGAUGUGAGUUGUCCUUCUUAAGUUAUUUUUGUUAUGCUUUGCUAUAAGGCAACCUGAAUAUUUUAGAGUUUAAACAGCAUGCACUCUGGGUGGUAUAUUAUGAAUGGAAGUUUUUAUAACUCCCAAUCUCCAUGUAAGAUUUCAGCUGGCGAACAGAGAAAGUAUGU